AUGGCAGCGUCCGCCGCCCACAGCUUCAAGGCGGCGAUGCUGCGGCCCUCGCUCCCCCGCGCGCCGCGCCUCACGCCCAUCGCCCCCUUCCUCGUCCACCACGCAGCUCCCCUCUCGACGACGCGCAGCCUUGCCGCCGGUCCCGCGGCCAAGAGUCGCCGUGACCUGGCCAAGCCGACCAAGAAGACGUUCAACAGCAAGAAGCGGGCCGGCACCGAAAACGUCAAGAAGCCGGCGCCCGGCGAGCGCAAGGCGUUCCGCAAGCGCAUCGUCCUAAGUAGUAACAGCGCCCUGGCUGUCGAGGGCAUGCCGCGGCUAGAGGCUGGUGUCGCCGUUGCGGGCGGUGCCAUCGUCGAGCUGCCCGAUACGGUGGUCGACCAGUUGCGCGCGCUGGGUGCGUUCCGCGCGACACAAAGCUGGGGUCUGUUCAGGAAGCCGCACAUCCUGGCGCGCAAGGAGAUGGUAGACGUAGUGGCUAGAAUGGAUGAGGCCGUGGCCAGCAAGGAGGCGGCCAAGCUGAUCAUCACGGGCAGCCGUGUGUCGGGCAAGAGCACGGCGCUGCUGCAGGCCAUGAGCCAUGCGCUGACAAACGGCUGGGUAGUGAUUAAUAUUCCCGAAGCCCAGGAUCUGGUCCUUGGCCACACAGACUACGUGCCCGUUCCGGACACGGAACCUAUGCAAUUCACGCAGCCUACUUACACGUUCAACCUCCUGCAAAAUAUUCUCAAGGCCAACAAGAACGCGCUUGAGAAGCUCAAGGUUGAGCAGAAGUCAUCCCUGACGGGCGGUCUGCCCGAGGGCUCCUCGCUCGCCGAUCUCAUCACCAACAUCCGCGAGCCCGACGCCGCCUGGCCCGGCUUCCUGGCCCUCUGGGCCGAGCUCACGCGCCCCGGCCGCCCGCCGGUUCUCUUCGCCCUGGACGGCCUCACCUAUGCCAACCUAGACACGGCCUACCGCGACCCGGCCUUUCGCCAGGUCCACGCCCACCAGCUCACGCUCAUCGCGCGCUUCUUCGCAGCCCUCUCCGGCGCCGCGCCCAUGCCCAACGGCGGCGCCGUCAUCGCCGUCGACGGCGCCAGCAACCGCCCCGCGCGCCACCCCUCGGAGGCGCUCGUCCUCGCCCAGCUCGAGGCCGGCCAGGCCGGCCGCGACGUGCCCGCCCCGGACCCUUAUCUCCGCGGCUAUGACGACAGGGUUUACGACGCGCUCCGUCACUGUCACGUUGUCCGCCUCGAGGGCGUCGGCAAGGACGAGGCCCGCGCUCUCAUGGAGUACUGGGGCGCCAGCGGCCUCGUCCGCGGUGUGCUCAGUGCCGAGGCCGUUGCGCAGAAGUGGGCGCUUGGCGGCCACGGCAACAUUGGCGAGAUGGAGCGCGUGGUGCUGCAGAACCUGAGAAUGUAA